AUGACACUCGAUCGAGAUUUUACUCUAAUCGAUUUAGACGGCAUCGACAAUAAGGAAAUACGUCGCCAUGUCUUACCGCGGACAGAAAAUGGCUAUCAGCGAGCUUUGGCUUUCUUUGACAAAUUCGUUGAGUUACACCCAUGCUCCAAGAGUCCGCCAAACAUUCAAAACAGCAAGGGGUUCUUAAAAUGGUAUGCUGUGAAUACGCGCGGUCGCAUCGAAGAAAAGCCUACCGUAGAAGCAUUGCAAAGUCUCCGCCGAGACUUCCAGGCUGGAAUGCAGAAGAUGAGGGGCUUUUCAUUCUCCCCAGAGCAUUCCACUACACUUGGAGAGUAUAUCAUCGGAUCCCUACGACCAUUUUUAUCCACGGCAGAAAUGGACAAAAAUGGGUUUUCUCCGAAUGACCUGAUGAUUCUCAUGACACAGCUUUGGUGUCAGGAUUCCCAUGAAUACCGUGGAGAUCCUCCAGAUCGAACGAGAGUUCAACUCAGUGCUGCAAUUUUACUUUAUUGCUUUACGUCUGCAAGAACUGGGGAGGUCCAUGAGUCAACUACACGCCGUGGCCUAGCCCGGCAAGCUAAUGAAAAAUGUUCGGAUGAGACACUUGAGGCCCGCACAUUGGCAGCGUGUUACAAGAAUUUUACGCUUACUAUCGAAAUGGUGGAUCAACAGCCGAUGCUUGUUCUCACAUACCAAAGAGAGUUCAUCAAGGGGUAUUGGAGAAAGACAGGAUGGGAAAUCCCUAUCCAUGCCUUUUAUGAAACUUACAGAGAGGACACGUCGCUAUUUCUGAACCUCUUGACAUUUUUCUUGCCUAUGGCAGUUGCAGAUAAUGCGCUAGAGAACUAUUCCUCUGUCAGUGCAAUUCUAGACGCGGCUGAGGCUUAUACAAAAGGAACUACCCAGAACAAGGUUUUAGAGGUGAUCAAGUUCAGAAACGAAGUCCUUGAUAUCCCAAUCUUUCGCCAGUAUACCGAAUUGCGCAUUACGAAAAGUACUGGCAGAUCUCGCGGUACCGACGCAUUUGGCAAAAGUCUUGUUGGACUAGGACAUCGCAGCGGAUACACUCGAAAUAUUACGGUCCGGGCCUGUCGCAGAUGGGCGCUCAUGCAAGCAGACAAGAAUCACAGUGAGACGGCGAGAAUGAAAUUUGGCGGCCAGACAAAACGAGAGACAUUUGGAAGGUCAUACGCCCAUCCAGUGAGUGAGGUCGAUGGACCCGCCAACUUCCUUGGGAUCGCAACUCGUGAAGAACACAUCCAAAAUCGACGUGGAAUGGGGAUCCAUCACAGAUUCGACCUUUGCCAGUAUGUCCCCGCAAAGGCACAAAUCGAAUUCCAGAACAGAGAGGAUGUGAAAAGCUUAAGCGCAGAGAUGUAUUCUCUCAGUGAAUGCCUGCAAGCUACCACAGAGUCCCACGCUAGGCACAAUAUACAGAAGGCCCAGAAGUCGGUUUACAGCAAAAUCCAACGUCUUUACAAAGAUGCAGUGGAUCUCAUUCAGAAGUCACAAAACAAAGAAGGCCUUAGUCACAACAACAUUGCGAAAAAGUCCCUUUUUCACUAUCGUCGUCGGGUCAUGCCUUACAGAGAUAUUCUUGCUGAGCUGCUCCCGAGAAAGUGCUCACUACGGGACUGCCAUGGUCGAGAGGCUCUGCAAGCACUUGAGCAUCUAUGCUUAGAGGAUACAACAGUUGCAUAUCGCAACUCUCUCAAGCCCAAGAACGGUAAAUGUAUUUGUGGAGUCCUAAUGAAAGAUUAUAUGUCACACCGACAAUGGCUUCACCUCUAUAGAUGCCACAAAGCUUAUUAUAGCUGUCACAAUAAGCUGCAGUUCACAGAAAUGUGCUUUGAAUGUGAUAUCUGGUUCACAGAUGCUGGCGAGUGGGAGACUCACUGCUCUCAACAUCUUGAAAAGCCGACAACACUGCUUCGCUGUGAUCCUUUGAUCUUUCGCAACGCUCCCAUCAAAGCAGGCUUUUGUCCCUUUUGUUUGGGAAACAAGGAUCUUUCUUCUUCGAGAAGAAUGUUUCAAUUUAUCAUAAGCCCACCAGCAUGGCAUUCGCAUAUUCAAGGCCACUUGACAGAAUUGAACAGUUUUAAAUGUACUCAUCCGGCCUGUUUACUUGACUUCGAUGACAAAGAGCUGCUUAUAUUUCACCUUAUGGAUACUCAUUGCUGGCACCCAAGGAAA